CCAAAACAGUGGAACAUCCUGCCCACGGCCACGAACUACGCCCUUAUGCCCGCCAUGAUCCGCCCAACCCAGCUGCAGCGGUUCGUGCCGCAUCGCAUGACCAUCGACCUCGUCCCACACCCCGCCAUCCGCGACGCCUUGAUCCACAAGUUCCGUGACUGGCUCUCCCCCGGCACGACGGACACGGGCGGCACCAGCGUCGGCUGGCCCUACAGCCUUGACGCCGCCGUCAAUGUAUGUCCCAUCACAGGCCGCAGGAUGCUGAGCCGCGCCUUCAUCGAGCACGCCACCAACGGCUCCAACUGGAGCCUGGACAAGUCCAUCCGCGCCAUGUACCCGGAGAUCGAGGGCAUGGGGUUCAGGAUCCGGGAGUGAUUGAUCGGUGGCGGGCCGGUGGUCUUUCGAGCCGUGUCGGCUUUUCCUUUUCAAGGUGAGAGUCGGGGGGUGGGGGGUGGGAAAGGAUUCCCCUGAGAGGCUGGGACGGCAUUCUAUAUCGAGAAAAGAGAGAAGCAAGGUGUUUACGGCAUAAUUAUUGGUUGGCAUUGGCCAUCCUGCUCUGGCGCCACGGAAGAUGAUAUAUGGCCCCCAAGUUGGGUCAGGUUGACCAACAAGUUUUAGAUUCUUGGAGCGCCGCUGUCCGUCACGCUGCCGGCCACCCCACGCUUUCUGACUUAAUAUCAAAGCCCAUCUAUGAGCAACUUUCAAGAGGCUGGCUUGGGCUUCCCCCCCCCAAAUCCCU